AAUUCAAAUUACACAGUAUUUUCUUGAGCCGCACACUUGAAGAAAGUACUAGACGAGCUGUUGGACGUUUUUCCGAGGAAAGAAUCGAUAAUACACUUCAUAGAGAAGCAGAAAAGGUGUUGUCGAACGUAUAAUGAAGCUGCUCUUUGCCUCGUUGGUUGCUCUGAUAAUUUCAGAUGUUUUCACUACACUCGAAGGAAAACCAUCUACUGGGCGUUCUUUCUUGAAACCUCGCAUUCUUUCGCGAGGGCGUAGAGCUGUACCAGACGUUUCUUCUAUAAGAAUAGACAUCCGUAGCGAAGGCUGCAAUGACCCGGGAAAAACGCCAAAUACAUGCGGCAGAGCAUACAUUAAGGUGAAUGGGAAUGAACACUCCAAGAAAAAGAGAGGGCAUAAUGUUGUUGUCUUGGAUGCUAUAACAGGAAUUGUGGAACACUCCGUCAGUUUCGAUACUCAUGGAAGUACUGCCGCUGCAAACCAGUUGAAAGACUUUCUUAACGGGAUCGCUGGAGACAAAAUAAUCCUGAUUGCAGUCCAAGACGAGGGCUCAAGAUAUCUUAAACCAGCUUUUGAUGCUCUGAUGAAAAUUGGGGCCCACGAUCUGGACUUUCUUAACCACAGAGGUUCAUAUGCUCUUGUUGGAUACUCGAGGGAGAAGAAGCCAUCGUAUGUUCAACAAGUACAGAACAAAGGUGGCAAAGGACCAAGUGUGAUCUCCACCACUGUUCCACUCACGAAGAAUCCUUUUGUAGAUAUCGAUAUCCGCAGCGAAGGUUGCAAUGAUCCAAAUAAAAAACCAGACACGUGUGGAAUCGCUUACAUUAAAGUUGAUGGAAAGGACCACUCCCUUCAUCGUAGAGGACAUAACGUUGUUAUUGUGGAACGGAAAACAGGUAGAGUGCUUAAAUCAGAAGCCUUUGAUACUCAUGGAGAUGGGUCAGCGGGCACUCGUCUAAAGGAUUUUCUCAACGCCCAGGGAGAAGAUAAAAUAGUCCUGGUCGCCGUGCAGGAUUCGGCCGCCUCGCACGUUGGAGUAGCUUUAGACUCUCUCAGAAGGGUUGGUGCUAUUGAUCCUAUCCUGGUGGAAUUCCGAGGAUCUUAUGCUCUGAUUGGCACCCCGGAUGCAAAUAAGCCCCCGUGGGUCACACAGGAUCAGCACCCUAGAUACAAAGGACCGAGUGAGAUCUCCAUAAGAAUUCCUCUCUCAGAUUGUCAGAAGGCACUUGGGAUGGAAAAUUAUGGAAUACCCAACGGAAAAGUGCGAGCAUCUUCGGAAUGGGACUCCAACCAUGCCGCCAUUCAAGGACGACUCCAUUACAAACCACCUCGCGGCAAACAAGGAGCAUGGUCAGCACGCCAUAACAAUAUAAAUCAGUGGCUUCAAGUUGAUCUGGGAAGUGCGUUCAUCAAAGUAACGGGUGUCGCAACUCAAGGAAGAUACAACUAUGACCAGUGGGUAACGAAGUACAAGCUGCAAUACAGUAAUGAUGGUGCCACCUUCACCUACUACAAAGAACCUGGACAAACUGCAGACAUGGUUUUUUCUGGAAACACGGACCGGAAUACAGUUGUCUAUCAUUUCCUUAACGCACCAGUUACGGCUCGUUAUAUCCGUUUUCGACCAGUGACUUGGUCGGGGCAUAUCUCAAUGAGAGUCGAGUUGUAUGGUUGCUCAGCUUGUGAAAAAGCUCUUGGCAUGGCAAGUUAUGCAAUUCCCAACGGACAAGUGAAAGCCUCCUCGGAAUGGGACCCCAACCAUGCCGCCAUUCAGGGAAGACUUCACUACUUACCACCUCCAGGGAAGCAAGGAGGCUGGUCAGCUAAAUAUAAUAAAGCCAAUCAAUGGCUUCAAAUUGAUCUGGGUGCGUUGUUCAGAGUGACGGCUGUCGCAACUCAAGGAAGAUCCAACUAUAACCAGUGGGUGACGAAAUACAAGUUGCAAUACAGUGAUAACGGUGCUACCUUUACUUACUACAUGGAGGCAGGGCAGAAUGUAGCCAAGGAAUUUGUUGCAAACAAAGACCGGAAUACUGUUGUGUAUCAUUCACUUAAUCCGCCAAAAACGACACAUUUUAUUCGAUUCCGCCCGGUCGCCUGGAAAAGCCACAUAUCAAUGAGGGUAGAGGUGUAUGGGUGUUCAGCUUGUGGAGAAGCUCUUGGCAUGGCAAGUUAUGCAAUUCCCAAUGGACAAGUGAAAGCCUCCUCGGAAUGGGACCCCAACCAUGCCGCCAUUCAGGGAAGACUUCACUACUUACCACCUCCAGGGAAGCAAGGAGGCUGGUCAGCUAAACACAAUAAUGCCAAUCAAUGGCUUCAAAUUGAUCUAGGUGCGUUGCUCAAAGUGACGGCUGUCGCAACUCAAGGAAGAUCCAACCUUGACCAGUGGGUGACGAAAUACAAGCUACAGUACAGUGAUGAUGGUGCUACCUUUACUUACUACAUGGAGGGAGGGCAGAGUGUAGCCAAGGAGUUUGCUGCAAACAAAGACCGGAGUACCAUUGUGUAUCAUUCACUAAAUCCACCAAAAGUGACACGUUUCAUCCGGUUCCGCCCGGUCGCCUGGAAAAGCCACAUAUCAAUGAGGGUAGAGGUGUAUGGGUGUUCAGCUUGUGGAGAAGCUCUUGGCAUGGCAAGUUAUGCAAUUCCCAAUGGACAAGUGAAAGCCUCCUCGGAAUGGGACCCCAACCAUGCCGCCAUUCAGGGAAGACUUCACUACUUACCGCCUCCAGGGAAGCAAGGAGGCUGGUCAGCUAAAUACAAUAAAGCCAAUCAAUGGCUUCAAAUUGAUCUGGGUGCGUUGUUCAGAGUGACGGCUGUCGCAACUCAAGGAAGAUCCAACUAUAACCAGUGGGUGACGAAAUACAAGUUGCAAUACAGUGAUAACGGUGCUACCUUUACUUACUACAUGGAGGCAGGGCAGAGUGUAGCGAAGGAGUUUGUUGCAAACAAAGACCGAAGUUCUGUCGUGUAUCAUUCACUGAAUCCACCAAAACUGACACGUUUUAUCCGGUUCCGCCCGGUCUCCUGGAAAAGUCACAUAUCAAUGAGGGUAGAGGUGUAUGGGUGUUCAGCUAGAGAUUAUUGUGCACAAAAUCCAUGCAAGAAUGGAGCUACCUGCAGCAAUGUCGAGGAAGGUUAUCAAUGUACUUGUAAACCUGGUUAUUCUGGAGCCCAGUGCGAUCAAGACAUCAAUGAGUGCACUAACAGUCCGUGUCAAAACGGAGCAACGUGUGUAAAUCUACAGGGAAGCUAUCGAUGUGACUGUAAAUCUGGAUAUAAUGGGAACAAGUGCGAGAAUGAUAUAAACGAAUGCUCCAACAACCCGUGCAAGAACGGAGCCACCUGCGUCAACCUUCAAGGAAGUUACAGCUGUGAUUGUAAAUCUGGAUACAAUGGAAACAAUUGCGAAAAUGAUAUAAACGAGUGCUCUAACAGCCCGUGCAAGAACGGAGCCACCUGCGUCAACAUUCAGGGAAGUUACCGCUGUGAUUGUAAAUCUGGAUACAAUGGAAACAACUGUGAGAAUGAUAUAAAUGAGUGUUCCAACAACCCGUGCAAGAACGGAGCCACCUGCGUCAAUCUUCAAGGAAGUCAUCGCUGUGAUUGUAAAUCUGGAUACAAUGGAAACAACUGUGAAAAUGAUAUUAAUGAGUGCACCAACAGUCCGUGUAAAAACGGAGCAACGUGUGUAAAUUUACAGGGAAGCUAUAGAUGUGAUUGUAAAUCUGGAUAUGAUGGGAAUAACUGUGAGACUGAUAUCAACGAGUGCUCCAACAACCCGUGCAAGAACGGAGCCACCUGCGUCAAUCUUCAGGGAAGUCAUCGCUGUGAUUGUAAAUCUGGAUACGAUGGAAACAACUGCGAAAAUGAUAUCAACGAGUGCUCCAACAGCCCGUGCAAGAACGGAGCCACCUGUGUCAAUCUUGUGGGAAGUUACCGCUGUGAUUGUAAAUCUGGAUACGAUGGAAACAACUGUGAAAAUGAUGUCAACGAAUGCACAAACAACCCCUGCAAAAAUGGAGCUACUUGUGUCAAUCUUUCAGGAGGUCAUCGCUGUGACUGCGCCAAAGGUUAUUCAGGGAGUUCUUGCGAAACAGCUAUCAACUACUGUGCUCCGGAUCCUUGUUUGAACGGUGGUACGUGUGUUGAUCUUGUUGAUGGCUUCCGUUGUGAUUGCGCGGCCGGAUGGCUUGGUAUUAUUUGCGAUGAACCAGAGGUGGACGAGUGCGAGGAAUAAAUCAAAAGGAAAUAGAGGAUGCAUCGAUCUCAAUCAAAACUUUUGUUAGACAAGCAGGAACAAUUUGCACUGUAACACAUAGGCAGAAGAAUAAAGUUUAAUUCUGGA